GGUGGUAGUGAUCAAUAUUCGCAAACUUUGUGAUUGAGAUUCAAAUUGAAACCAUAAAACAAAAUCCUGUACUACGGUAGUUGGUUUCAUUCACAGAACAUAACUAUCACCAUCAUCUCACCUCUCAUUCCCAUCCCACAUCCACAUCCAAAAGUAUCCAUCAUGCCAGUCGUUCCUUCGCUGAAAGACACCCCGUUCGACACCGAUAUUCGCGACCGUCAUUUGAUAUACGAUUACGCCGCGCAGGACGCCCAAGGCAACCCCGAGAAAUGGCGCUAUGAAAUGUGGUUUUAUAACGAGGACCGCAUCGUCUAUGCCAUCCAUGGCGGUCCCAUGGCCGGCCGAAAGAACUUUCAAACGGCCACGUACCAGUGCAUUCGACCGGGCGAGCUCUGGCAGUGCAAUUGGCUUGAGGAGACCGGUACCAUAUGUUCGCUGGUGUACGACAUCCCACGGAAGCGCAUCACCACGUUGCUGGGCUUCUCCAAGGGACAUUGGGAGGAAGCGGAGGCGGCUCACGGCGACAAGCGGAAUGCGAAGGAUCUGGAAAGAUGGAGGGGGUUGGCCACGAUUGGCAAGCAAACGGAUCGGAAGCUCCUGAGCGAACAAGCAGACAUCCUCGAGGAUUUCCGAGGCCCUGGUGAUUUGGAGCCGAUUGACAUGGAAUGGCCGACUUUAUAGGCGAGGCAAGUUCGCGGGAACGUACGCACCGCAAGAGGGGUAUGCGGUUUAAUGGGGAUUGAUUAGAGUAAGGGGGUUUAGUGGUUGUUAUUCGAAAUGGUAUUCUAUUUUGUGCUUAGUUCGCUAAUUUCCAGUAUACCCUUUAGGAUCUUGACGUUUCACUAGCAAACAUGCAAUGCUUGUCUCGUUCGUCUUUCUUUCAUUUGGGUGUAGAUGUUUUACCCCUUUCUGUGCAUCUGUAUUAAUUCACCGGGGUUCACGGAGGGGAAAGAAGUCGGUCGGAUUCUAGAAGACAUCAGGUGUCGGGAGCCGGGUCAUCAUCCGUAACCGUUGGCCUUUCCCUCA